ACUUCAGCUGCUCUAACGCGGAAGUGGACUGGCGGUGAACGCAGUGGUUGACAUCUACUCAGCCCAAACUUUGCCACAAUGUGGAUCAGCGUAGCGAUCAUUUCUGUCGCUUUGGUUAUAUUUUUACUGAAAUAUGUCUUCGGCAGCUCCGGGCCCAACCCUUUUGAAACGGAUACUCGUGAACCGUUGAAGAAGAUGGUUGACAAAAAAGAGAAAAAUAAAGUUUUGAAGCAGGGUUUUCUGGCCAGCAAAGUUCCUGAGAACCUGGAUGCCAUUGUCAUCGGCAGUGGGAUCGGCGGCCUCGGGCUUGCGGUGCUGAUGGCCAAGGUGGGGAAGAAAGUCCUGGUUCUGGAGCAACAUGAUCGGGCCGGUGGUUGCUGCCACACGUUCACUGAGAAGGGCUUUGAGUUUGAUGUUGGAAUCCACUACAUUGGCGACCUGUUGGACCACAAGCCCUUCCGCUGCAUGCUGGACCAGAUGACUAACGGCCAGCUGCAGUGGGAGCCGCUGGAGAAUCCCUUCGACCACGUUGUGCUUGGGCCUCCAGAAAACCGCCGCCGCUAUCCCAUCUACAGUGGCAGGAGCCGCUUCCCUGAGGAGCUGAAGAAGUGCUUCCCUGGAGAGGAGAAGGCCAUCGAUGAGUACCUGAAGCUGGUCAAGAAAGUCGGUCGGGGCAUUUGGUUCCUCGCUCUGCUCAAGCUCUGCCCCGUCCCCCUUGCCAAGUUCCUGGUCUACACCGGCCUGGCAAAACGUCUGUCCUUCUUCUUCAAAAUGGCUCAACGCAGCCUGACAGAAGUGGUCAAUGAACUGACAGAAAACAAGGACCUGAGGGCCGUCUUCACCUACAUCUUUGGCACCUACGGUAACAUGCCGAAAGAGGCCAGCUUUUCUAUGCACAGCCUGCUGGUCACUCACUACCUGAAUGGCGCCUGGUACCCUAAAGGCGGAGCCAGUGAAAUUGCCUACCACAUGAUCCCCAUCAUUGAGAAGGCAGGGGGUGCUGUUCUGGUUCGAGCCCCAGUCAACCGCAUCUUGAUCAAUGGCGCCAAGGAAGCUUGUGGUGUGAGCGUCAUGAAAGGACAAGAGGAGGUACAUAUUCACGCCCCCAUUGUCAUCUCUAACGCUGGCAUCUUCAACACCUACCAAAGCCUCCUGCCCAAAGAGCUCCAGGCCAUGCCAGACAUCCAGGAGCAGCUGGGUAUGAUGAAGAACGGUGAAGGUGGCCUGAGUCUUUUUCUGGGUCUGACUGGAACCAAGGAGGAGCUGGGCCUGAAAGCAGACAACUACUGGAUCUUUGUCGAGAACGAUUUCGAUGAGCUCGUUGAGAAAUACCUAAAUGGAAAGAGGGAAGAGUCUGCUAAAAAAGUACCCCUGCUGUUCGUCGCCUCUCCUUCAGCUAAAGAUCCAACCUGGGAGGAAAGAUCACCAGGAAAGUCCACCUUGAGUCUGGUCACUUUUGCCAAAUAUGAGUGGUUUGAGGAGUGGAAGGAUGGCAAAGUGACCAACAGGGGGCCUGAAUACAAAGAGCUGAAACAGGAAUUCAUUGACUCCAUUCUGGAGAUGGUCAUGGACGUCUUCCCCAAGAUAACCAGAGACAAGAUUGAGUACAUUGAUGCUGGAACCCCCAUCACAAACACACACUAUAUCGGAGCCCCCAAAGGUGAAAUCUACGGAGCGGAUCACGGCCUCGCCCGAUUCAGCCCUGAACUCAACGCCACAGUGAGACCUCAGACUCCAGUGAAGAACCUCUAUCUGACAGGUCAGGAUGUGUUUUUGUGUGGCUUUGCCGGCGCUCUAGCUGGAGCUCUCACCUGCGGCUCGGCACUCCUCAACCGCAACCUCCACCUGGAUGCCAUCGCCUUGGCAAAGAAAACAAAAUUCAUGAAUGACAAAUUGAAAGGGGAGUAAUUUCAUGUGUGCCAUUAACGCCCCCCCCAGCCCAACCCUCUUAUGAGGAGGCUCAGCACAGACUCCAGGUUUCAUGGAACAAAUGACUUAUUAUCGCUACACCGACUCAUAGCACUAAGCUUUGUCUGCAUUUUAAAAUAUGCACACCAACACUAAUUCAUGCUUGAAUACUUCAGCUUUGUGAGUAAUGUAAGACGUGGGUUGUUGCACAUGUUCAGCUUUUAUGAGCUUUUAUAACCCAUUCACCAUGUUGAAAUUCACGGCUGUGUGCUGUUGUGCUCUGAAAUGCCUUCGAAUCUGACUCUGUGCCUGUGGUGUGUUUACAGUUUGUGGCAGAGGUUGUAUCAAAGGUUGUUCCCUUUCUCGGUAUUAAAGGGUUCAAACAAUAAA